GCACACACAUGCACCGAACCCAUCGCCCGGCAGCUGACACUGACGUUUCUAGCUGUCAGCACGAUCCAUGGGCAUUUUUUUCAAAACAAAUCCGACGCGAGGUUUUCGCUCAUGUAAUCACCGCCCAGCGCCACAGACCGGAGCUGCUUCGUUCGCAAACUAGUGCUGCAAACGGUACCGUGUUGUUAUUGAAAGUUUCUUGCCGCGAAAUGAAUCAUCUUCGAGUGGCGCUUAUCAGACAUCAACGGUUGUGUCGUCGUGCUACCCAGUGUGUUUCCAGUUCGAGCUACGCGAUCGUUCUGCAGCAACCGUCCAUACCGUUUACCAGACUACUCUCACAAUCGGUACGCCUCUGCCAGACGGUCCCAUCAGCUAAGCAGCAAGAACCAUCGCAUGCGCAGGGUUCAGAAGCUUCGUCCGGGAAGCAAAAGCUCCCGGACAGUGCCCGCCUAGUGGAAGUGCUUCGAUCCGAUGCGAUCGUUUACCGGCGUGUACAGCUGGAGAAAUUAAAUCAAGUACUUGCGAAACCAUUUGAAAUACCGAAGGAUGCGUACGAUUUUUUGUUACAAUGCUGCGGUACACUGCUUUGUUCCGAAACGCUCGAAACGCGUAUGAAGAUAUUCGAACAAUUUUGGUUCUAUUUGGGUGAGCCGCAACAGCACCACUGGAAAGUGUUGCUACAUGUGUACCGUGAAAAUGAACGUUCCAUUACGGAUGUACCGGCGUUUCUCGCUAGCAUUGGCGAAGGGAUUGAGAAGGAUGCCGAGCUGUACCGUGGGCUGAUGGGUGUGCUGGCUGAAAAGGGAGACAUCGCUGAAAUGAAACUCGUCGGUGAGAUGAUGAAGGAGCGUGAUAUUCCACUUACGGUCGAUGUGAUCAACCUAAUGAUCCGCGGGUACGGACGUGCCGGAGACCUGGACGGUGUACAGAUGGUACUGGAAACGAUGAGCGCUAGCAAUGUGUCCGCUAACGGACAAACUUACGGCGAGCUAAUGAUUGCCUUCCUAGAGGACGGUAUGACCGAACGGGUUAUUAAAAUGGUACGUGAAAAAGGAUCACAACUGGACGAAAAACACAUUCUCGAGCUGUUAUCGCUUGCACUGGGUGGAAAAAUACAACCAGAAUUAGUACGCGCACUGUUUAAACUGCUUCCGGAAGAGAUAACUACCGAUGGUCGAAUACAUCCGGUGCUUCGGAACGUGCUUAGCGGGUUAAUCCGUUCCGGCCAACUCGAUGGCAUGAUGAUACUGCUCGAGGAACUUCCUGCGCCACAGUUUCGUGCUAAUGAAAAUAUCGACGGUUAUGGUUCAUUCCUUAUGGUGGAGAUGCUUCGUAACGAUGUCCCGUUGGACAGGUUGAAAAAAUUCCUCUCCAUGCUUAUAAAAACCGAACGGAAUCCACGUGCGUAUCAUGUCGCUUGUGAGUGUGCUGCUAAGGCUGGUCAUCCGUACUUUUCUCGACUGCUAGCCGCUCUCGCACCACUCGAGGACCUGCGUCCACACUACUUUUGGCCACUGUUCUUGCAUCGUUCGAAAGCGGAUGGGGAGGCCGGUAUACUGUCCGUUCUGCAAACAAUGAAAAAGCUGAAAGUGGAACCAGAUCAAGAAACUCUUACGCAGUACGUUCUGCCGAAACUAGCGCUUACCCUGAAGGAUUCCCGGGCGGCGUUGAAGAUUCUCGAGGAUUGUGGUGUACGGAUGGGUGUGCUGAUGACACCGUACAUUUCCCAUCUGCUCUACCAGAACCGCUUUGACGAUGUGCUCGAAAUCGUUCGCCGUUAUCCGACCAAGCUCGACACGGAAGCGUUACUGUGGCCAUUGCUUCUCCAGGCGAACGUUAACCGAUCCAGUGCCCAUCAGCGGAAGCUGUGCGAAGUUAUCUGCGCAAUCAAGGAUCGCGUGACAGACGCACGGCACGACUUAGGCGGCCAGUUGCUGCUAGAAUUGAUUAGCAACAAGAAAAGCAAACACGAUGCAAACAGUUUGCGUGCGCUGCUUGGCGAGUAUGAUCGAUUCGAGAUCAAGAUCUCGCGCAUGGCUGCCGGAGUGCUGAAGAACCAUUUCGGACGAGCACAGAAAGGUGCUGCUGCCGGUACGGGAGAAGCCAUCGAUACGUUACUGAAGAAGGUAACCGAUGAUCAGCUGACGAUCCUUUCGAAGGAGCUGUUCGAUACGAUCGGAGUGCAUCCGCGGGACAUGAACUACGACGAACUGGAAUGCCAUUUGGUAGAGCUGGAACAGAAGAAGCUUAACACACGGGGCGUACUACGAAGACUGCUGCAGCUUAGCGUACGCGAAGGACGCUACAAGCGAGCGCUCGAGCUGAAGCAAAAGUGCGAUCAAGCCAAGGUGGACCAAAGCUCCGGCAUGCUUGCAUCGAUCAUCGAACUAUACACGAAGGUAGGCGAUCCGGAACAGGCCGGCCGUACGCUGGAACAGCUGCGGAAACAAUUUCCCGGCUUUAUCGUGGAUGAGCACAAGAUCAUCGAUUACGCUGCCUUGCUCGUGGAACGCGGCCAGCUGGACGGUGCCCGAAAGAUUCUUCGCGAACGUGCCACUGCCGGUGGUAAACUUCGCGGUGCGGAUGAUGGAUCGACCAGUAAAAACAUUUGGAAUUUGCUCACCAGCACAGCCCAAUGGGCCGCGGCAUCCGGUCGGAAAGCGACGGCACCCAACAACACCACACAACAGUUGCUGGAUUUCCUCGUCGAACUUGGCUACUGCAAUUACGAUAACGCACUACUUGGUCCAGUGCUUCGUGAAUAUUUGCUGGCCGGUGACAAACGUACCGCCAUCGCAGAGUUUCAACGCAUCGCCAAAGCGAAGCGUCGUACACCGUUGCAGCUGGAAAUCGUUACCCUGCUUGUGGAGCUUACGAACGGACAGGACGACGCGGACAUAACACCAACCGAAGCAAAAACGUUGCUGAGCGAAACGAUCCAAAUCGUGUCACAAAUCCAUGGACCGGUCAACACGAACAACACACUGAUAGUAGCACUGGCGGUGGCCGGCACCGAAGCUCAGCUGCGCCGGAUGCUCAUCAACCCGGAGGUACGCAUCAAUCACGAGUACAUUCUGACGCAGUGCGAGUUUCUGGUCGGGAGUGGCAAGCUUGAACCCGUGCUACGGUUAGCGAAAUGCAGCAAAGGAUUAGCGAAUGUGCGCGAAUCCGACUUUCUUCUACUAGCCCUUGGGCAAUAUGUGCGCGAGAACAACUGUGAUGCGGCCGUACAGCUGUUCCAGCGAUUGCUGGACGAAGGGGACGAGCUGAAGAUUACGACGGAGUUUGCACGCAAGCUGUCCGAUUUGCUGGAGGCAAACAAUUUCGAAGUACCAGUUGGAUUACAGAUGUACCUAAAAUGAUUGUCGGCUGACCAGACCUGCGUAGAAGAAACUAAAAAUGUACAUAGCAGAGGGAUCACUUCGUGUAGUUCCAUCACCAUAUGCUUACCGAAACAGCGUAAGCACAGCAAGAAUAGUCAUUAAAAAAAAGUGCGUCAUUCUAAGAUAAGACAAUUACACACACAAAAAAAACAUUCAAUGUUUCGAAAUAAAACAAACAAAUAGUUUACCGCUUCUUUAAA